AUGAAAUUGUUCGCUUGGUUAUCCUUACUGUGCGCUGUGCUGCCAGUGAGCAUCGCUGCUGAAACAUUAUCAUUGAUUGAUAUUAUUCAAGCCCUUCCUAAGUGUGCAGUAACUUGUCUUACCACAGCUAUUGCAGAUUCUACAUGCUCUCUCACCGACCAACAAUGUAUUUGUACAAAUGUUCCUCUAAAUACACAGGUGGAUGAAUGUGUAUUGGGAUCUUGCACCGUUAAAGAAACACUUACGACCAAAAAUGUUACGUCCGUUGCCUGCAAUGCACCGGUCCGGGAUAAACGGGAGUUGUAUAACUGGAUAUCUAAUUCAUUCGUUAUUGCUUCUUGGUUGUCAUACGUUGCGAGAAUUGCUGCAAGGUUCACCUCCGACACAGAGUUCUGGUGGGAUGAUUAUAUGGCAACUGUUGUUAUGAUUGCUGGUAUACCAAGUGCCGUCAUCAACGUUCAAGGCCUUACCACCAAUGGACUAGGAAAAGAUAUUUGGACUUUGACUUUCCAGAGUAUCAGUAACAUGAUUCGUUUCUUCUAUGCAAUCGAGCUCCUAUACUUUGCUCAAGUUAGCUUUGUCAAGAUUUCGAUCCUCCUAUUCUUCCUUCGCCUCUUUCCCAAACGCAAGAUUCGCCGGACGAUCUGGGCUACUAUCGUCGUCAAUGGCAUGAUACUCAUAGUAUUCGACGUGCUUGCCGCCUUCCAGUGCCGUCCAAUUAGUUUUUACUGGACAAGAUGGGAUAACGAGCAUGCGGGAGUAUGUCUGAAUAUCAAUGCAUUGGGAUUUACAAGUGCGGGUGUUAGUAUUGUUAUGGAUAUCUGGAUGUUGAUUCUUCCAAUGACGCAACUCUACGACCUCAACUUGCAUUGGAAAAAGAAGAUUGGAGUGGCAUCCAUGUUGGGUAUCGGUAUAAUUGUCACUAUCGUCAGUAUCCUUCGUCUCAAAUCGCUUAUUCUCUUUUCCAAUACUCAAAACCCAACAUGGGAUUACGUGCAAGUAGGAUACUGGUCCACAAUCGAGAUAUGCGUGGGCAUAAUCUGUUCCAGCAUGCCGGCAAUGCGCCUCCUCCUCGUCCGCAUCUUCCCACGCAUGUCCGGCUCCACCAACAACUCAUCCAACCACUCGAAAUCCGCAGGCUACGACCCGAGCAAAAGACGACCCAGCGUCCCCAAACUUAGCUCGCGGACCUCGUACCCGAACAGGAGUUCGUAUGCGGCAGGACCGGGUAUCACGAUGAAGAAGACGUUUGAUGUGGUGUCGAAUCAUAGGGGAAUGGCUUUCGAUCGAGAGAUUGAUGAGGAAGAAGAUGGAACGGAAUUGGUGAGUAGAUUAGGGACGGCGGGUGGGGGUGAGGAUAGAGAAAUCGAUGAAGAGGAUGGUGCGGAAAUGGUGGGUAGGCUAAGCACAAAGGAGCGGGAGAUGGAGAUGGAGCUGGAGCAGAAAUCGAGUUAUGAUCAUUUGGGAGAUGAUUUGUCGCCGGGCUUGGAUCUGGAUCAGAAGAGUAGGAAGAGUAGUGCGAGGAGUGUGAAUGAGGGGGUUUUGAUGAGUCCGAGGAGUCCGGGUUGGGUUUAA